GUGACCGGAAGCUCGGUUUUGUGCUUUGUGCAGCCAGUUUCAUUAUGUCUAAGUUUAAAACAGUAAUGUGGCCUAAAGUGAUUUUAUUUGGGGACUCCAUCACACAGUUCUCGUUUCAAGCCAGUGGCUGGGGAGCAGACAUUGCUGACAAACUAGCAAGAAAGUGUGAUGUUGUGAACAGAGGACUGUCUGGCUACAACUCCAGAUGGGCCAAGUUAAUUCUUCCUCGCCUCAUCAGCAGCACAAACUCAGCAGACAACAACAUUGCUGCUGUGACUGUCUUCUUUGGAGCCAACGACUGUGCACUGGAAGAUAAAAACCCCCGACAGCACGUCCCUCUGCAGGAAUAUUCAGAGAACCUGAAGGAGAUCACGAGGCUUCUGGCUUCAGCCGGAGUGUCAGCCGACAGAGUAAUCUUCAUCACGCCUCCACCUCUUCAUGAGCCAGCCUGGGAGAAGGAGUGCAUUCUGAAAGGAUGUCCUCUCAAUCGCCACAACUCCGUAGCGGGGCAGUAUGCCCAGGCGUGUGUCCAGGCUGCUGGUCAGUGUGGUGCAGACGUCCUGGACCUCUGGACGCUCAUGCAGAAAGAUGGACAGGACUACACAGUGUUUCUGUGUGACGGGCUGCAUCUCUCAGAGAAGGGAAACCAGUUUGUGGCUCAGCACCUGUGGAGGCUGCUGGAGAGCUGUGUGGCCCACCUGCCCUUCAUCCUGCCUUACUGGGGAGACGUGGACCCCAAGAGCCCCGAGAGCAGCCUGCUCUGUGACCAGUGAGAGAGGACACUGGCUUUGGAAAACAUCUUUCAGAUCCUGCAGGACUGGAUGAUCUGCAGAGAGCAAAACACUCACCAGCACUCUUUAGUUGCACUGACUGCAUUCCUGCUAUCAAACAGCUUUGAUUUGUUUUUGCCAGUAUGUCAAAUGCAGGACCAUGUUUUAAUGUUUAAAAUGCACAAUAAAGAUUUUUAUUUUGA